UAGGUAUUAAAAAUAAACUUGUUGAUGUACAGCAAGGAGGGGAACGUGUUACUAUGGCAACGAAGCGACGCCGCGACGUAGCCCGUAGCCGGAUGUGGCGUCGCGUGUGCGCUGCAAAGUUUGAACCCUUUUGAGCGGCGAAAUCAGUGCUAAAGUUUAUCGUUACCCGUCUUCGGAUGCAUUGAAGACACCAUGAGUAAACAUGAGGACGCGUGGGAAAGGCUGGACACGGAGUUUGACCACUUUCUGCUGGACAUGAAGCCAUAUGUUCUGAAACACUCCGACAAGGCAGAACGCCAGCGAUGUGCCAUGUGGAUAAAAAAGCUGUGUGACCCGGCAACCUGUGGUUCAGAUCUGAUGGGUCGUAGGAACCGUAACAUAUAUGCCCGCUUGCUCCUUCAAAUGCUCAAAAGAGGGGUCCUGGAGGGGCCUUUCACCAACAAACCACAGCCCGGCAGCCUUAACACACUCCCAGCCUACAUGUCAAUCUACUUUGAUGAACCACUGAGUGGUCGGUUUGAGGAGCGCGGCAGCACAGACCUGCCUGACUGGGUUACAGGAGAGUUGGGUGGCCACGCCGACGACAGUUUGACUGAAGGUCUGCUGAAGGACAGAGCUAGUACCACACAACGUCCAGCUCGUCAACGGAGAAGGCUGUACGAGGAGAACACUCAAUCACGACCCGCGGCCUCCAGUCCACUCAAACAGUCACCCAGACAUGAUGCCAGAAGGGUGGAUGGGGGGCUGGGAGCAGAUUUAUCUGCCGAUGACAGUGACCUGGAGGCGCGUCUCAACAGCUGGAACCUGGGGAUUGAAAACCCGAGGUAUUUGCGAGAAAAGCCCUUUCCAUUGUCUCCGAUUUUCAAGUCAAGCUAUGGGAGAAAAAACACUAUAGCAGAUGACCAGGGCCCACUGCUUGUACAGAACAAGGAGGUUGAGAUGAAGAUCAAAGUACUGGAGGCUAAGCACCAGGAGGAGAAACUGAAGAUGCAGCAGAGACAUGAUGUCGACGUUGAGAAAAUUCUGGAACGAAAGAAUGGUGAAAUUGAAGAGGUGAAGAUUAUGUAUCGGGCUAAGCAGAAGGAAUUGGAGGACAUGAUCCGUAAGCUGGAGAGGAAAGUUCAAAGUGUGCUGCGGGAAUCCCAGGUCAUCUGCGAGAGCAAAGAGAAGCAGAUCGCUGAGCUAAAGAAGAUGUCGGACAACAGUACUGACUCCCUGAAAAACGAGUGGGAGAAAAAGCUGCAUGCUGCUGUGACAGAGAUGGAACAGGAGAAGUUUAAACUACAGAAGAAACACACUGAGAACAUCCAGACAUUGCUGGAUGACACCAGCGAUAAACUUACUAAGAUGGAGGCCGAGUAUAAUGCGCGUUCGCAGGCAACUACGAAAGCGGCGCAUGAGCUGGAGCUACGCAUGAAACAUCUGUCAGUGGAGAUGGAGAAGGGCAACGCUCUCCGUCAGAAGGUGACGCAGGAGAAGGGCCAGUUGGAAAUUCAUGUCGCGUCCCUCAGCGCCGAACUGCAGGAGGCAAACAGACGGAUUGUUACACUGCAGAAGGAGAAGGAACAGCAGACUGAGCAGUAUGAGCAGACUGUGCAGAAGCUCCAAGCCAAACAUGAGAUUGACAUAAACCACUUACAUCAAGAACAUUCAUUGUCUGCUGCUAAGGCCUCUGAGGUGAUAGAGGAGUUUGAGAAAACUAUAGUUCAUCUGAAGCAUCAGCUGCAGGAUAGUGAACACAGAAGACAGCAACAAGUCAGGGAUCAGGAGAUAAAGUUUCAGAAGGAAAAAGAUGAAUUGCAUGUCAGCUAUGAGAGAAAGGUUUUAGCCAGCAACAGUGACGCAGAGAAAGAGAAAGCCGAGGCUAAGAGGAAGAUAGCCAAACUAGAAGAUGCACUCAGGGAAAUGCAGAGCCAACUGGACCGAGCCAGGGAGAGCCAAAGGCAGACGGUCCAGCAGACAGAUAUGGCGCUGGAGCAGUUCAAGAAGCAGGUGGAGCUCACUUCUGAGAAGGCCUAUGCUGACAUGAAGCUCCAGAUGGAGAAGGUAGAGGAGGAUCUGAUCCUCACCAAGUCCCUCAGAGAGAAGCAGUCCAAAGACUUCUCCCAGCAACUUGAUGCACUCAGACAGAAGUAUGAGCAGCAGAUGGCUGAGCAGCGCACGCAGCACGAGCAGGAGCGGACGCGGCUACAGCAGCAGCACAGCAAGGAAAAGGACAGCCUGGUCCAGGAGCACCAGCGGGAGGCGAGCAGCCUGGAGAAGCAGGCCAGGGUCGCCCUGCAACAGCACCAACAACACACCCAGGAGUGGAGAAAGCGCGAUGCCCAGAUUAUUUCAGAUUUGGAAGCCCAGUUGCAGAGUGUACGUGAGGAACUGCAGGGGGCCCACGCUCAGCACAAGCAACAGCUGGUUGAGAUGGCAUUGCUUCGGGAGGAGGAGAAGCAACGGUGGUUCCUGGACAAGGAGGCAGCACAGGACCGGCUUCGCUCCAGAAUGGAUCAGAUCCGCUGUGACCUGGAGAGAAGCCACCAGAAGGAGAGGGACUCCGUUCAGGAAAAGACCAACAGCAGGUUGAAGCAGAUUGAGAAGGAGUGCAGUCAGAAGCUUGCCAAGUCUGCCCAGUUCAUCGCGGAGUUACAGACAUCUUUAUGUGACUCGAGGCGAGAAGCUGCCCGUCUGCAGCAGACGAGCGAGCGGCAGCUGGAGGAGGCUAACGCUCGCUGGGAUGAGGAGAGGAAAAGCAUCACUCACCGUGCUGAUCAGGCCAACAAGGCUCUGCAGGAAAAGGUGGCGAGUCUGCAGAGGCAGCUGCACGGCUCAGAGAAGAAGCUGCUCAGCAAAGAGCUGGAGAACGAGGCCAAGGUGACUGCGGUGCAUCAGGUGUACGAGGAGAAGAUCAAAGGUUUGAUGCCUGCUGAAGUCAGACAGGAACUGGAGGACACCAUCACCUCGCUGAAAGCUCAGGUUACCUUCCUCCAGAAGAGAGCCUCUUUGCUACAGGAAGACCUGGAUGCCGCUCGCAGCGGGAGGUCCACCACAGGAAAACCGCCCGACUGCCCAACGGGACACGAAGACUGAGGUGCUCACACCGAUACGAGCGCCGCUGCCUGUCACUGCUUCGUCAUCUUUGACUUUCAUUUGUUUUUUGCCUCUUGUAACAUUUCAAUGUGCUCCAGUCUUUUUGAUACCAUUAACUGAAAAGUAAUGUCACUGAUAUUUCAUUUUAUACCAAAAUGCACAUUUUUAAAUAAAAGCCUUCAUUGUU